AUGAAGCUCCCCCUGCUGGCCUCCUCGGCCCUGUGGGCUCUGACGGCCAAUGCAGCCGACGACGACAUCCUGAAGCACGUUGACCCUCUUGUCGGGAGCGUUAAUGGAGCUUAUUAUGACGACUGA